AUGAGCAAUGUUUUCUCGAUAGCAUGGCGAAUAUCGUGCUUGGGCAUUCGUUCGCCGCCCACUCCCCAUGCUUCUUCCGCCGCCUUGCUCAAAACAAUAUGCCCCGAGGGUCAGAUACGGAGCACCAUCUUACAGACCCAGUUUGUGUUGCAUCCAAUUAAACCUACGGAGAUCUCCCGAUCAUGCCUCUCCCGUCAUAUUCCUUCCCCGUUCCGAUCUUUCACGUCUUCCGCUUCCCCCGCCGCCAGGGCCGCCAGACGUUCUAUUCCCCCAAAAAAACAUGAAGAUGGCAUCCGAUUUCGACACCGUGAUCUCUCUUCCUUAGAGAUCUCGCGGAUAUUUGGAGAUGGACAAGGAAUCUCAGUUCCGUUAGGGAAUAGGAUGCUCCGCCUGUUACAAGAGCGCCGUGUAAAUGGAACUAUCGAUGUCGAUCUCCCCGCUGAUAUCAUGAAGGUUGUGUCAGAGGAUACGGUUAUGGCGGGCUUGGAGUGGUUGCGGAAAAAAUACCCCAUGGAUGAGGAUGCGGCGAUUUUAAAGCGGAUUGAAAGAGAAGAAAUUGAGGAGGAGCGAAGGCUUAUUCGCCGUGGACAGGAGCUGGGCCUGUAUAAGCCGCAGAGCGGGAAGUUCGAUAAGCCGAUAGAGAAGGAGGGAGAUGUUUACGGGAAGAGCGUGCUGCUGGAGAAAAGGGAGGAAAAUAUACGGAAGAAUAAAUUGGAGGAAGAACGGGAGAUUCGCGAGUGGUUGGAGGGCGAAGCGAAGGAUCGAGAGAAGUUAGAGCGGAGUGUUCAGAGGAGCACGGAGUUGCAGAAGUUGGGAGAGUCGGUUGUCCUGGAAGCUAAACCUCGUGCGGACCCAACUACUCGUCCAGCACUAGCUUGGAUACAAAAGCAUCACCUUCGAGCUACAGCAGAUGAUUGGGAUGUCUCGAAACUCACCAAGGCUAGCCGAACCAUUCCUUCACUAGCCAUCGCCCUCAUCACGUUUGGCCUCUGCUACGUUUUCGCCGAAAACUACAAACCGCCAGCUCCCCACGAGCGCCUGAUGCGCGAUACCCCUCCAGCUGCAGCAACUGUGAUAGGCCUAAUCGGCGCCAACUUCCUCAUCUUCGCCCUCUGGAGAGGCUUCCCUCCCUCCUGGAGGAUGCUGAACCGCUACUUCAUUAGCGUUCCGCUGUACCCUCACUCGAUAAGCGUUGUGGGCAGCGUCUUCAGCCACCAGCAAUUCCAACAUUUGGCUGCCAACAUGUUGAUUUUGUGGUUUGUUGGGACGAGAAUCCACCAAGAACUCGGCCGCGGUGACUUCCUCUCCCUCUACUUAUCUUCCGGCGUCUUCGCCUCCCUAACUUCUCUAACCGUCCAUGUCCUCCAAAACAAACUAAGUGUAACCUCCCUCGGAGCCUCCGGCGCCAUCGCCGGCCUCGUCGCCGCCUGGUGCAUAAUCCACUCAAACGACAAACUAACCAUCGCAUUCCUCCCACAAUCAUGGCAAGAUGCUUUCUCCGCUAAGGGAUCGACAUUCCUAAUCGUCAUCGUGCUUGCAGAGAUUGCCUCGGUGGCACCGCUGCCGAUUCGGUUUGCGAUUCCCAUGCUGGAUCAUUGGAGUCAUUUGGGAGGAUAUGCGGCGGGGGCUUUGAUUGGGUGGUUGUGGAAGGAGAGGAGGGCGGAGCAGAAGAGGAAGAAGAGGAGGGAGGAGGAAAGGGGGUGGGGAUGGAUUUUGGGGGGUGGUAGAUAG